UGAAUCAAUUAUUAUUUAUUUUCUUUGGAUUCCUUCGAUUCUUCUCCCCCAAAAAACCUGACCCUGCAAAGCAUUUUCUGGCCUGAUUUCAAAAUGCUAAAUUUUCAGAAAUUGUGUCUUCUAUCGGCUGUGGUGUUUUUCCUACGGCAUCCUGUUGUAGGCAAGAACCACUGCGCGAAUAAAUGUGGAAGGGUUCGUAUUCAGUUUCCGUUUUAUCUCAAAACCAGCAACAUGAAUCACACCACCGAACACCCACCUGGGUUUGAACUGUCGUGUAACGAAAAAGAUGAGACUAUGUUGGAGCUUCCUUCUGUUCCAAUAAAAUUGUUUGUCAGAAACAUUGAUUACGAGUCUCAGCGAAUUGAAAUAUAUGAGCCGCAAAAUUGCCUUUCCGCUCAGCUCUUGAAACUCGGCAACGCAUCCAUUUCUCCAUUCCAAUUUCCCAAGCCAUAUUAUGGUUCUGACGGGACUAACGUUUCCUCCUUCAAUUGCGAUUCAAUGUCGUGCCCUAUUUUGCUAAGUGAAUCCUCCUUGGACUCUGUUCAACCUGAAUUAGUAUCUUGCACCAAGGUGAAAGAUGUUUUGUCUGCCAAAUGGUAUAAUUCGUAUUCCUACAAUGACGGGUCGGUGGCUAUGGAAUGGUUGAAACCUGAUUGUAGAUACUGUGAAGCACGAGGCCAGAAAUGUAAACGGAAGAAUGGAACCAGCGGUGAAACUGAAUGUUCCGUUUGUCUAACAAAUACCACUCAUGGGUUAACAAAUGUUUUACUCAUUGCCGCAGGAGGAAUAAUGGGUUUGAUGCUACUAGUCGUGGCAUUGGUUUGCGUGUAUCGCUAUUAUGCGAAGAAAGAGGAAGACCAAGCUCGGAUAGAGAAAUUCUUGGAGGAUUAUAGGGCACUGAGGCCUACGACUACGAGACUCUCUUAUACAGACGUUAAGAGAAUCACAAAUGGAUUUAGUGAAAGUUUAGGUGAAGGAGCUCAUGGAGCAGUGUUCAAAGGAAUGCUCUCCUCAGAGAUUCUCGUUGCUGUGAAGAUACUCAACGACACAGUGGGAGAUGGGAAGGAUUUCAUAAACGAAGUGGGAACCAUGGGAAAAAUUCAUCACGUUAACGUUGUUCGCUUGCUUGGAUUCUGUGCAGAUGGGUUCCACCGUGCUCUCGUCUAUGAUUUCUUCCCAAAUGGGUCACUGCAGAGAUUCUUGGCUCCACCUGAGAAAAAGGAUGUUUUUCUUGGUUGGGAGAAGUUGCAACAAAUUGCUUUGGGUGUUGCAAGAGGAAUUGAGUAUCUCCAUCUUGGUUGUGAUCAUAGAAUACUUCACUUUGACAUCAAUCCUCACAAUGUUUCACUAGAUGACGACAUGGUCCCAAAAAUCACUGAUUUUGGACUUGCAAAGUUGUGUCCCAAAAAUCAAAGUACAGUGUCUAUGACUGCAGCUAGGGGAACCUUGGGCUACAUUGCCCCUGAAGUUUUCUCAAGGAACUUUGGUAAUGUGUCUUACAAGUCUGAUAUUUACAGCUUUGGGAUGUUGCUGUUGGAAAUGGUUGGAGGAAGAAAGAAUACAAAUGUAUCAGCCGAGGAAAGUUUCCAAGUUUUGUACCCUGAAUGGAUCCAUAAUUUGCUUGAAGGCAGAGACGUGCAAAUUAAUGUUGAAGAUGAGGGGGAUGUUAACAUUGCAAAGAAACUUGCCAUUGUAGGACUUUGGUGCAUUCAGUGGAACCCAGUGAAUCGUCCUUCAAUAAAAAUUGUGGUACAAAUGCUUGAAGGGGAUGGAGAGGAGUUAAUUGAACCUCCAACUCCUUUUUCUAGAACAAACAUUGUACCAGCAACACAUCAAAAUUUUGAGUUGGAAGUUAUCCAUGAAAUAGAAGAGUAACAUUGUUUAAACAUUUUUAGGUUUUCUCAAAUGUAAUAUUUUUUGGCAAGUAGGAUUAUAAGCAAAAAUAUUGUUGGAACUAAAUAAUGAUCCUUCCAGCGGAAAUAAAAUAGUAUUGACCAAUGCAUUUUACCAUUUCU